AUGAGUUUCACGAACAUGCUUAACAAGCUGCAAGGGCAGCCAGAGAGUUACGAUAAAAAAGCACAGUAUCGGUUUGGAAAGACACUGGGUGCAGGUACAUAUGGCAUUGUUCGGGAGGCGGACGGCCCCAACGGCAAGGUUGCCAUAAAGAUUAUUCUUAAGAAAAACGUAAAGGGCAACGAACAGAUGGUGUACGAUGAGUUGGACAUGUUACAGCGACUUCACCAUCCUAAUAUAGUCAGAUUCCAUGACUGGUUUGAGUCAAAGGAUAAAUACUACAUCGUCACCCAGCUAGCCACUGGUGGUGAGCUCUUUGACAGAAUCUGCGAUUACGGACGAUUUACCGAGAAGGACGCUUCACAAACGAUCCGACAGGUUCUAGAUGCCGUCAACUAUCUCCAUGAGCGUAACGUGGUUCACCGAGGUAUACAAAGGACUGCACCCCAUUUUCUCACAGUUACUGAUAUUUUAACAGACUUAAAGCCUGAAAACCUUUUAUAUCUCACUACUGCGCAGGAAUCUCCCUUAGUUUUAGCAGAUUUUGGCAUCGCGAAGAUGCUUGACAGCGACACAGAGGUGCUCACAUCCAUGGCCGGUUCGUUUGGAUACGCUGCUCCAGAAGUCAUGUUAAAACAGGGCCACGGUAAGGCCGUCGACAUGUGGUCCAUGGGCGUCAUCACAUACACGCUCCUCUGCGGUUACUCUCCUUUCCGGUCGGAAUCUCUCAAUGACCUGAUCGAAGAGUGUCGAUCGGGCCGCAUCGUCUUCCACGAAAGAUACUGGAAGGAUGUCUCCAAGGACGCAAAGGACUUCAUCCUCACUCUCCUCCAGCCAGACCCAACUCUCAGAUCAACUAGUGAACAAGCUCUACAGCACAGAUGGCUCAAGGGUGAAACAGCCACUGAUCACAACAUUCUUCCUGAACUCAAGACCUACAUUGCCCGUAACAGGCUGAAGCGCGGAAUCGAGAUUAUCAAGCUUGCCAACCGGAUUGAGGCCUUGAAGAUGCAGGAUGAAGGUGACGAUAUCCCCGGCACCACUCUUGAUGAAUCUGAGGAAAAGAAGGCCGAGGAGAAACCUGCUGCGGAUGCCAAGCCGUCUGAAGGUGCAGCAGCACCGGCUAACAAGGGUCGUCUCAGCAGACUUGCACGGGGCGCUAUAUUCAGAGAAGUAGUCCUCGCCAAGGUCCGGGAGAUGAAGCAGCAGGAGCAACAACAGCAAGUUGAAAAGGAGGCGCUAGAGAAAAUAGAGAAGGAGAAAGGGAGGUAA